ACACACACACACACACACUGUAACGUUACCUUUAACAUUCAAAACCUGAAUUCUUUAUGUCAUGAGAAGAAACCUUCAGAGGAACUUCACAGGUGAGCACAGUCAAAACAUUCCACAACGCCCGUUACCAUGGUUACCCGCGAGCUUCAUACAUCCCAUAAUAACACGACUCCAUGAGUAGGGUGUGUUAAAGGCAAUAUUCUACCACACACAUACAGUAUCUACAACACUCUCAAAAAGAAUGUGUGAAAUAAUAAUAAUAGAAGUGUAACACGCGAUGUGUUGAUUUCACACAUUAGGAGUCUCAUUGCGUGUUGAUUUUGUGUUAAUAAAAGAGACAACACAAGGUUAAGUUAAAAGGAACACAAAGCGUGUUGUGUUGUGUUGUCCUUCACUAGAAAUGUGUUCAGUUAGGAACGUUUUUCGAGCGUCUAAACGUUAUAAACUUACAUUUGUUAUUCAGAUUUGUGUCCCCUGACAAUCAAAUGAUUUUCUACCUGCUGUACAGGAACACAUUUUAACUUUCUAAUCUGGUAAAAAUGUACUUUUCCUUGAAUGUAAAGAUUCUUCAGAAGGCAGAUUAAACUCUUGAACUUUGAUCAGACGUAAAAGAAAAACAGGUAUUAAAAGAAAUCCGUGGUGCCAAAACUCCUAAUCUGGGAGUGUCAGAAUGAGUCUUUAAUCUCUUCAGAUAUCAGUUUUCUCCAGAUGCUCAGUUUGUCUUCUAACAUCAGUUGUGAUUUUGGAUGAAAUGACGUGGACUCGUCCUAUUUUCUGGUAAAGAGUUGAUCUUUGAGACUCUUAUCAGGAGCUCAGAGCUCAUAUAAACUCGUGUGUGUGCCAAUCGCUCGCUCACGGCUCGAUGCGGAACAUUCAACCACAUGAUGACAGCCAACCACAGACUGAUGCUUCUCACGCUGAUCAUCUGUCUGCUCUUUCACUUACAGGUCCAGUCGGCACCUGUAGACAGUAGCUGGACGACCGGGCUGCUUCAUCGUGCCAAGCGCUCGUUGCUAUGGCGAUGGAACACUCUGAAGCCUGUGGGUUCUGGAUGCAGAGAUCAUUACGAGUGCGGAACAAACUACUGCAGGAACCACAUGUGUGCGUUUAAAAGCCAGCAUAUGACUGACACAACAUCACGCUGAGUUCUCUCUCCUUCGACAUCAGUGAUCAUGAAACACGUGUGUGUGACUAUAAACCAAACACUCAAGUUUGCAUCCAUAGUUUGAUGUAUGAUGUGACAAAAUACAAACAUGAAUGGCAAAAGAAUGUGUAGAAUUACGUUAUUUUAUUUAUUUUGUAAACGUCAGACACUUCAGGUGAGAUGUUGUAACCAGUUUUUUUUAUUCAAAUGUUUUAUUAUUUUGUGCAAUAUUAUUUUCCUUAAGAAAAAGAAGAAACUCGAGACGACAAUGCUGAAAUAAACACAUAAGAAAUCAGCGCGAGCUGAAAAACCAUGAUUAUACCGGUUGAAUAUAUGAAUUCAGACGCUGUUAAAGAAGCUUGUUUCUUCAUUAUUACUGUCAAAAACACAAGCGUGUCGGACAGGACAGCUGAUGAGUGGUGUGAAUAUUUGGUUCCUGAUUCAUCAGUGCAUAUCAGUGAAUGAUUUCGAGACAUUGUGAGGACAACAGUAUCACACAAUCAUGUUAAUGUUAUAAUGUCCCGGUAAAGACGGGUCGGCUAUACAGUACAGUACAUUACAUUCACAAACAAACAAACAAACAUGAAAUGUCAUUGAAAAACUUGAACUCUAUUAGUGAUGUGUUCGUGUGGCGUCG